GUUUUAUGUUGCAUUGUGGGAAUCACCAUAGCAAUUGUUGCAACAAAAGUCAAAGAGGAUGUUUUGUUUUUAAUAAACUGUAGUUUUUCAAAAAAUUUAUUGCAUGUAGUUGAUUUGUGUGAGCGGUUUCGAAGUGUCUGCACAAGUUUAGCAGGGAAUACUAAAGUUUGUUUAGUAUAAUAAUAAAAACAGUGUGCAUAAGUGGAUGCUUGACGGCUAAAACAACUAAGAUUUUACAUCUUUCAAACCAAUUAAUUUAGUUGGUGGGUCUACUUAAAUUUAUCAAAAUGGGCGAUAAAGGUGGUAAAGGAGAUAUGGACAGAGUGGGUCUCUUCCAAGAGAUGGGCUACAUAACAAUCAAUGAUAGAUAUAGAGGAAAAGGUAGUGUUCAAUUUAAUGAAGCAGCAACGAAGGGGAAACAAAUGUUGCCAGGCGGAAGUAAAACCAGAUCAGCUUUACAAACUGGUUACUUUUCUGAUAAAUUUGGUAGAAUAAUGGAAGGAGAGGCAUUUAGUGAUCCAAUUAAAGUCAGACGACAAGGGCGAUUACAAGAGGCACAAAAGAACUUAGGGAAAGCAUUUUUACCAAGCAGUGGUGAAAAACAAAUGUCAGGUCUAGGUAGCCAUUAUGGAACACUUAGUGGGCCUAUUUCAGCCUUUAGUCCAGUUUCCAAACCUGGUAAGGACAAGAAAUCUUCAGGAAAAAAUGUUAUAACAAAUCCAGGCAAAAAAGGAACAGGUUUUGGAUAUGUAGCCGUUACAAUUGGGAAAUAUCCUAAUUAUCAAGGGGACAGUUAUGACAUGUACAAAGAUCUAAACCGGAAAGAAAUUGCAUCUCACAAAAAUGCAACAAAAGGAGGUCCCUUUAAGCUGAAUAUGCAUCCUCGUGCAUACUUUGACGGGAACCCAUAUAACUCAGACAAACUUCCAAAGCGCAGCAGCUCAGCAACACUGCCAAGCAAAAAAGAUGACUCCAAACCAUUCAAGCCCAGUUCUCCUGGCAAAAAGCCUGGUGGUGCAAAGAUCGGAACAUUCGACCCGUACCCGAAGCAUUCCGAGGACCCAUACAAGGUGAAGUUACCAAAACAGAUAAACGUGGUGAACAAGAGCGGCAAGAUCUUUAUGCCUUCACAGGGGCCCAAGAGCACGCCCAUGGUUUCCAUAGUCAACCAGAACGUUAUGAAGAGCUUAAACCCAAGCAACUACAGAUCGGUGACUUGUUUAACAUUCUAAACAGCUGUAAUCUGAUGAAACUUACAAAAUCACUGGGGGACAUUGAACAUUCAGUGAUGAAAUAGUGUUAUACUGUGGCAAGAAGUGGAGCUGUUGCUUCAAAAAGUUGACACAACUAUUUACAGAAAGUAUUUAUGCUUUUGUUACAUAUGAAUGUUUGUGGAUGCUUAUGAAUAUAUGUAGUUUUAUAAUAAGUAAGACAUCUUUUCAUUUAGAAUAAAUGUUACAGACAAUAUUAGAAACAAUAAUUCAUGUUUUUGAGUAUUGCUUUUUUUUCCUUGUACUGUGGUUAUUUAUUUAUAAAUUGUUGCAAGUUAGAAAGUAUUUUGUUUUAAAACAUUGAUUUUCAAGUUAAAUGUACACGAUUGAUUUUCAAUAUGCCUCAUUCUAAAUGUGGUUGAAUAACUUUAAAUUGUUAAAAGUCAAUACUGAGUUAAGUAGUUUUAUAAUGUUUGUUUUGACUAUAAUAGCAAAAAAACACACCAUAGGGUAGGUAGGUAGAGCAAACAUUGUUUCUGGAACUACGCUGGCCUAACAUGGCCUUUUUUCAUGACCUUGGUCAUAUGCAACAGUGAUGCAGGUUUGUUGAUACAAAUGUAUAGGACUGUCAUUUUAAUUUGCUUUCAUUUUCAUUUAGUUUCCAGAACUGCACCAUGCACCUUUUGUUUUGAAGUGUUAUUCAAACUUAGGUUUAGUAAAAUGUCUCUGAGUACAUGGCUUGUGUACCGUGACACUCAUCAAAAGCCAAGGCUGUGAUUUUUGUUUUUUACUUUUAAAUAUAUUUUAUCUCUUUGUUGGAUAUGUUUUUGAUAUACUUGUUUUCAAGUUAUUCAUUAAUCCAUGCAAUCUAUUAAUGGGCACAUUUUGGCAACAAUUUUAAAGUUUGAGUGUUUUAUAGAGUAGUGAGUUUUUUAAGUGUUGAAGCAUUUCCAUUGUUAUAUUGGCUAAGUAAGACUUAGUUAUGCCAUUAAAGCUUUAUUCAGAAAAAUUCUCUUACAAAUUGAGCAAAUGCUGCUUCUUGAUCAAUGUGUGAUGUUUCACAACAUUGAAAUACACACUAGCAAACAAAUUGAAGGUCAUUUUACCUUAUAAUAUGCAUAAUUACCAAACCAGUAAUACAUGUAAAGCAUUUGUUAAGGAUUUGAAGACAACUUUAAGUUUUUAUAGUAAUGGUUAACUUGUUUUGUCGAGAUUUCAUAUUUGAAUAUCAUUUGUUUAUUUGCCAAGAAACUAUAAUAAAGCUUAAUAUUGAAAGGUAAAUUGUAAGGAACAUAAUGUCAAAGAAUAUAUUAUGGUUUGAUAGACAAUUUAGGCAAUUGUUAAAUCAAAGUUAAUUUGUGACGUUUAACAUAUAGCUUUAUGCUAUCUAGAGUUAUUGCUAUUUUUACCUUUUUUAAUUUUACACCUUUUUCUUUGUUACAUUAUCUUCCUCUCCUUUAUGUAUUAUUGCCAUAUACCUCUUUGAAUUUUUGAAUAUAGUUAAUGUCAUAAAUCAUAAUCAGUAUUGUGAAUGCAAUACUAAAUGAGUUUUGAAAGCAGCUUAUGGAGGAAAUUAACUUGUUUUUGUGGUUCCCAGAAUAGCAUGGCGGUAUUUGACUCAAAAAUGGUUUACUUUUUUGUCUUAGUUUAUCAAUAAAGCAAAUUAAAAAUCCAAUAAACAAAAUAUUUAGGCUUUAAAACAAUAGAAAAUGUAAAACCAUGUGUACCUGCUCUGUUCAUGAAAUGAAUUUACAACGUGACAUUUCUUAGUUGUUUUAACAAUAUGCAUGCCUAUUUGUGUUUAUGUUUAUACAUGCUCUUGCAUUUUAGGACCUGUUAAAUAUAUAUGUCUUUGUUAUAUUUAUUGUCUGCACUGUUUACUAUUGAAUCCAAACCCAGGUAAACAUUCCACCUUUACAAAACCUACUGCUAUGUUAUAAAGUAUAUAUGUUGUUAAGUAUACAUGAACCUUCUUUAUAUUAGUAAGUAAUCAAAUGAUACAGCAUAUGUGUAUAAAUUGUGAUAUAUUGGAUGAUAAUAAAAUCUAAAUAUACUUUCUA